UAUAUAUUUCAUUAAAGUUAAAAUAGAAAUAUGGCAGGAAGUAGCUGUGAUCGAAGUUGGCGGAAUGAGACAUUUCGUCAGAAUGUUGGAACCAGAAUUUUUCAGUCAGUAACAUCAACUACAGGUCUUGGUCCAAACAUAGCCUCAUCUGCUGUCAGCAGUAUGAUUCGAAGAUCUCCGGGGACAGUCGGGGUGGCCUCUCCUGGUAGCUCUCAUAAUAUAACAGGUUCAACUCCUGGCUCUGCUGAUUGGACCCCACCAGAUGAGCAAGCAUACAUGGAGAAGUUAAACCAGCUGGCCAAGUACAAGGAACCUUUAAGGAGGAUGCUUGCUCGUAUUCACAAGGAUGAAAGUCGAAAGAAGGAACUGAUCAAGUUGACAAACCUUCUUGCUAUUUUGUCUGAUCCAAACAAGAGGUGUCCAAUGGAAACUCUUCUAAAGUGUGAGCAUGUUUUAAAGAGAGCCGAAUUAAAAGAACAAGCAUUGUCAACUCAGGAUACAGUAGGAAGCCAUUCUGCUGUUUCUCCAUCGUCAAAUCCUCAUCCUACCAGUGUAUCCAGGUUAGAUGGUGCGGGGUAUUCCCAAACAGGACUUCCAGGAGGGACUGCACCUCUCAUCUUUGGAACAGCUGGACCCCAGCGUGCACAGAAUGUAAUGGUCUCAACUCCUAGAGGUCUAGAGCAUCUUGUCCCACAGCAGUCAGUGAAACUAAAGAUUAUAACAGGCCGUUGGGAUAACUCCGGAAAACCGGUAGGGGAACGAUCUUUUAACAUUGACUUGCCAUUUGGGAGCAUAAACAAAGACAAUGUGUUAAGUAAAGUACGUGAACUGCUACCACAGGCAGAUCUUUACACUUCUUCAGGAGCACCUAUACCUGAUAAAGUUUUUAACAAAGGAAGUUGGUUGCGAGCAACACAGUUAGGAAAUGUUUUUGCCUUGGAACCUAACGUACCUGUUCGAAAGAGACUGCACGAAAAUCAAACAGACGAAGAUGGCAGCAACUGUUUUAAAAAAAAUUGUGGUGUUGAACACAAGGCUCCUCAGGAUCUAAGUAGCCUCAUUAAAGACACUUUUGAAUGUAGGAUUUGUUUAAGGUCCCCCAUGUCACCUCCAGCAGCUUUUCAGUCAUGCUGCCAGAUUAUUCUUGGGUGUAUGACUUGUGCUCAGUCUUUUUAUGGAGAAAACAAAGAAAAAUGCUGUCCUCACUGUCAAAAGAAAAGUGGCCGUUCCAAUCUGCUUCAAGUGAAAGGACUUGACGACUUCCUCCAUAAAACUGGGCACUUGGAAGACAUUAAUUAGCUUAGGUAACACAAAAGUGUCAUCUUUAUUAAAAUGUAAGUUCGAAAAACUGUAUAAUUUCUUCAUUAUUUACUAUGCUUGAAAGUUAUGUAGUUUAUCAUGAAAUCCUUCCAAAAAAAAAUAACUGCUGAUAUAAUUGUUUUCAAGUGGAGUUUUGAUCAUGACUGAAUUUUUUGUGUGUCGAGCUACGUUGUUCACGUUAAAGCACCUUCAUAAAUGAAUGACAGCGGGUAAAAAAAUUAGGUAAUACCUGUUUUCAUUGUAAACCUAGAACUACACCAAAACUAGUUUUAAUGAAAGAAAAAUUCUUGCUACGUAUGGAUUAUGUUCAGAUAGGUUGAGUGCAUUGUUAAGUUAUGGGUCCACUAAAGAACAAUAGGAGAAAUAUCCUUGUGUAAAAAAAUGAGUGCAAGGAAGAGGAAGGUUAAAUUGAUGUAUUCCAAGUCAGUUUAUUUGGGCACACAUUUAUCAUCGUGAAAUUGGGUUUUUUAACUAAAUUGUAUCGCCGAAUGAAAUUAAUUUGGUUUCAAUUGUGAUUUGUAUGAGUAUUUAUAUUUUUCCAGGUAUGAAACAUUGAAGGUGAUAGUUUCUUCUGAAUUAUAAAUAUUCAGCGACAAAAUCGAAUUAAGUUCAAGCAUUCUGUAAAGAAGUUUUGAUAAUGGUAUUUUGUAGUAUAGUGUCCAAGCUUUUUCAGCUUAAUUUCACCAUAGUGUGCAUGUUUGUCAAAUCUAUAAGGUAUUUCUGAUAAAGAAGAUAAAGCAUACCGCUGAAGUGACAUUCUCAACGGACAGCUGUUAUUUUUACCCCUUGAGUUAGAUUCUGCAACGUUGCAUAUGAUGCAUUUUGAGAGCAGAAGAGUACAUUUGAUAUAUAUGGUGUGUGUUAAUAGCUUAACACUUCCGUUUUGUAAAUGCAUAACACUUACUAGAUGUGAUUGCUAUCUAUUUUAAUAUUUAGAAACCAUAUUUGAUAUGUAUAAAAGAGGUCAAAAGUAUAACUAUAACACCGAAUUGCAAAUACCAAGGAGUUAUGAGGUAUACUUCUGUAGAAAAAAAAGGGGUGUUCUGUAUCAUUUUUUAUUUAUGUGGUAUGGAUAAAAUGUUUCAUCUUGUAUGUAUUCCUGGAGAUUUCAGUGAUGUGGUAGUCAUAUGAUUUUUUUUUUGUGGACAUUUAAUGUUCGGUUAUGUAUUGGACUGUAGUAAUGCAUAGGUGUUCUCCAUUUAUAAGAAAAAUGUCUUUUAAGCGAUAUACUUUUGUGCCACCUGCUGGGAUGCAUUAGUUAGUAUUGUUUACUCUUGUAACUUGAACGAAGAAGUAAGUAAUUAAGCACAAAACUUCCAACUGUGUAUAUGCUUCGUUGAAAAAAAAAAAGAUUGCUCUUUUCCACAGGUCUUUUGUAUUAUAAAAUUGCUGUUUAUACUUUCAGCGUAACUUUGCCGGGUGUUGUCUGAUAGACAUGUAACUAGUACUGAGCUGUCAAUUAGAAAAAUAAAUAUCGGAAAAAAACUUUCAAAAAAGCAAGAAUCUAAAAGUACCUACAUAAGAAACUCCUGUUCACUAAUGGUCUUUUUUUUUAAUCUCUUCAAAGUGUUCAUUUACAGAGAAGUGGACCAAAACAAUAGACUGCUAAAAGUUUCUUUCACUCGCCCGAUAAAUCAAGCCAGAAUAGAGUGUUGUAAGUGACAGAAAAAAUAUCUGCCAUUACUGUAAGUGCCAUUCACAAAUUUGUUUGUGUAAAUAAAAUAAAUGUUUGUAACAGUUGGUGAAGUUUAUGUAGAAUUUCACUUAUUAAAGUAUGAACUUUCUGAAGCA